UACAAGUUAACACAAUAUUAUAUUACUGAAAGUCACCGGACUAUAUCUAGUAGACUGCUAGUGAUGGGAAAUGAGUUCCAGAAAACAACAGAAAACGAACCCGAAAUAUGGAUCCAUGAAGAGAAAUGGAUCAAGGUUGUAAAAGAUUUCAAGAGAGCCACUGAGGUCCUAGAAAAAAAUAGAAUAGCUUUGGAUGAACAUCUUAUACAACUUGAUGAAUCCAGAAAAGUUGUUAGUGACGAACCACGAAAUCGAGCCCUUGCAGAGCAAGCUGAACUAUAUACGAGAGAGAUAUUAGACGAGGUUGAGCGAUUAGACCCAAGAUUCAAGAGCACAUUUCUGAAAUCAGGGAGCUUUUACGAUGACGCAAAAGUGGGCCUACCAGAUGAAUAUGAUUACAUGGCCAAACUUGUGCUACUCUCGAAGCCAGGGAUUGGAAGGGCAGUUCCAACAAAGCUUGGCUUUGCGAGAAUAAUACUGGAGGACGAAAAAGCCAAAGAAUUGUGGGAGCAAUUUCUUUGUGAAGAUUCUGAUGAAGACACCUUGGAGGUAUUCAAGAGUGUCUUAUCAAUCAGCAAGCUUCAGGAAGAAUUUCGCAGCCUUGUUAUGAAGGCAAUAAAGUCUGUCAAAAUGCCAUCGAAAUGGCAGCGUGAUCCUUGCCCUGAACAACACGGUCCAUGCGCUAUGCUUGAAUUUUUAGUGGACGAUUUUCUACCAGAAGGUCAGUUGUACAUUUCAAUCGAUUUAGCACCGUGCAUUACAUAUCCCAAUCACAAAGAUAUUGAAUUUCCUUUCUAUCGGUAUCUUGAUAUCGAGAACUCCUUUGCCACAAUGCUUACGCAAAUCGUGGCGGAGCAAUAUAAUGUUUUGCUAGUACCAUUCAUUGAUGACGGAGUGAAACUUGUCAAAAAAACCACCUGUAUUUAUCGCCAGUCGUUUCGCGAGCAAAUGAGAGUGUCAUUUUCCAUGGUAGAAAAAGACAUUUUCGCCAAUUUCGCUUGCAACAGCAUUGAAAAGCGAGUACUGCGACUCUUGAAGAUUCUGAGAGAUAUCCAUUUGAAAGAUGAUGAGAAAAGGCAAGAAUGGGAAGACCCAGUACCAGAUGAACCACCAUCGACCAAAAUGGAGAAUAUCACGACAAUUGAGCAAUACGUACCACCUAAGCACCCAAAGUGGUUUUGGGACUACGUUAAGGGCAAGGUUCCUUAUAAAGAAGGUGAAUUGAAAAUAGAAAAGGAUAAUGCAUCUGUAUCAGAUUUGCUUCAGACGUACGUUUUCAAGUCACUGUUUUUCUACACAAAGCUGUUCUCGACUGACGAGGAACGAUGGAAGCCGGGUAACUUGUCAGGAACUUUAUUAAAGUGCCUAGAUGAUUUAUUUAAUGUUUACAGUGUGCCUAAUGCGGCAUUACCAAAUUUUUUCUUCGAUGGAUACACUGGCAAAAAACCUAACUACUACAAACAAAAAAAGAUUUUGAUGGGAAUGUUUAAGCUUGCUCGUUCACUUCAAGUAUAUGUUGAUGAGGCAUGAAAUCAAAGAAACAUGGAAAUAGUGAUAUAAUAGUGAUUUGUAUUGUACU